GGUGUUACAUAUAUUAUGCAGCUGUGCGGCUGUGCGGUCUGUCGUUCACGUCGUUCAACAUGGCGAAUGUUCGAGUUCUCGGUAGAUUCGCCAGCAAUGUUUUGACACAGAGAUCUUUGAAGGCACUACCCCAGGCGGCAACGACAUGUCAACCCUCUCGGAGUAAGUACGUCAUCAUCACUCCUAACGACAGCCCAGCCUGGCCCAAUGUACAUUCAAGUGAGGCGAUGCAUCUUUAUUUGAGAGAAAUUGGCAAUGGAUUCCUUGUUACGUUAUCUGCAUUGUUUAAGGAACCAGUAACUAUCAAUUAUCCCUUUGAGAAAGGACCACUGAGUCCGAGGUUCAGAGGAGAACACGCACUGAGAAGAUACCCAUCGGGAGAAGAACGAUGCAUUGCUUGCAAGCUCUGCGAAGCCAUCUGUCCAGCGCAGGCAAUCACAAUUGAAGCUGAGGAGCGAUCCGAUGGCUCCAGGAGAACAACCAGAUACGAUAUUGAUAUGACAAAGUGUAUUUAUUGCGGGUUCUGCCAGGAAGCCUGCCCAGUAGAUGCUAUAGUUGAGGGGCCCAACUUCGAGUUUUCCACAGAAACCCACGAGGAACUGUUAUACAACAAAGAGAAACUUCUCAACAAUGGUGACCGAUGGGAAUCUGAAAUUGCUAGUAACAUUCAUGCUGAUCACCUGUAUCGUUAAUCUAAUCUCAUGGAUACCUAGUCGUUGUCCUUGGGCAAUAUAAAAAGAAAAACCCUUGGUGUUUUUUUCUAAUUAAACGCAAAGCUGAAAAAAUAUUGUUGAACUUUACCAACAAAUGCCUGUAAAUUAAUACAAUGUGGAUAUGUUUAUCGAAUAAAUGAAGUAGAGGUUAAA